AAAACAAAAUGGCGACGGAAAACUCAAAGUGACGAAAACUUUUUCUCACGAAACUUCCAACUUUUCGGCGGGCUGUCUACGAAGCGAAAACACCAGCAAGAUGAGCGAGAGGUUGACGAGUGAUCUUUCUAUUGACUAUAUUGACUCGUGGUUUAGCCUGGACAAGCCGCUGCCCCGUAUGAACUCCGUGCCUCGGUCGAAACUCGGCGGGAAGGACUUGGACGCGGCUACGGGCGGCCCGGCGGAGCCAGAGGCGCCCAUGAUACCCAGAUACAAGAAGGAGCCGAGGACAAACAACCCGCGGCAGACCCAGUACGCCCAGCAGUACCAGCGGAGGGAGAUGGAGAUGUUUCAGGACGACCUGGAGAGCCUGGCGGACGAGCGGAUGUCAGACCUGAACGCGCUGGACCUGGACAGCAUCAACAGCCUGGCCGGCGACCUGGGACAGCAGAGCCUGCAGGACGACCCUCUGCGGAGUGUGAACAUCUACCGCAACUACAACUUCAACCACACCUACAACCCCACCCUGCCCAUCACUCAGUACCAUGAGGAGAUAAUUACGACUGUGGAGAGCAACAGUGUGACAGUCAUACAGGGAGACACCGGCAGUGGGAAGACAACUCAGGUGCCACAGUACAUCCUGGACCACUACGCGCGCAACAACAGAUGGUGUAAUAUUGUUGUGACCCAGCCCAGGCGAAUCGCUGCCAUCAGUAUCGCCCGCAGGGUGGCAGACGAGAGAGGGUGGAGACUGGGGGGCAUCGUGGGCUAUCAGGUUGGGAUGGACAAGCAGCAGUCAGACGACACUCGUCUGUCCUUCGUCACCACCGGAGUUCUCCUGCAGAAACUCAUAAACACUAAGAACAUGAACCAGUUCACUCACGUCAUCCUGGACGAGGUUCAUGAACGGGACCAGGAAACAGACUUUGGCCUGCUGGUGGCACGAAAGCUGCUGCGGUCCAACUCUCGCCACGUGAAGGUGAUCCUGAUGUCUGCCACGUUGGACAGCUCCAUGUUCGCUGGCUACUUCAGCAUCCCUGUGCGGGGGGAGCUGGCCCCUGCCCCAGUCGUCACGGUGGAAGGGCGGCUGUUUCCCGUCACCGAGUUCUACGUGGAGGACCUGGCACCACUGGGACCGCUCCCUGAACUGCAGUUGGACAACCCUGACAUCAGCGGCCAGUCCUACGAUUUGGCACGGAAACUCAUCCUGUACUUUGACCAGCUGGAGGCUCAGGAACAAGGGAGGGGACCAUCAGAAGGGCUGGGGGUGGACAGAGGAACAGUGCUGGUCUUCCUACCAGGUCUCGCAGAGAUUAACACAUUGGAUGAGCUUCUUGCUCCAGAGACAACAAGAUACAAGCUUUGGGUUCUUCCCCUGCAUUCUACGAUCACGUCAGAAGAACAGGCUCAGGCCUUCGUUCCACCCAGGUCUUACCAGAGGAAGGUGAUCCUGUCUACCAACAUAGCAGAAAGCUCCAUCACUGUGCCUGAUAUCAAGUAUGUGAUUGACUUCUGCCUGACCAAGUGCAUGGUGAAAGACCAAGAGACCAACUACCAGAGCCUGCAGCUGAACUGGGCAUCCCAGGCCCACUGUACCCAGAGGAAAGGUCGGGCGGGGCGUGUGUCGUCAGGCCGAGCCUACCGGAUGGUCACCAGGAGGUUCUACUACGAGCACCUGCAGGAGUACGGCGACCCCGAGAUGCAGCGCUGUCCCAUGGAGCAGCUGGUUCUGAAGGUGAAGCUGCUUGACUUGGGAGAACCGAAGGCCAUCCUGGGUCUGGCCCUGCAGCCCCCCAACCUGGACAACAUCGAACUCACGGUUCUAACGCUGAAGGAGGUCGGUGCCCUCUCCACUGUGACCUCCGGAGAGGUCAACCCUUACGACGGUGACCUGACCUUCAUAGGUCGCGUGCUGGCCGCCCUCCCCGUGGACAUCAGGGUCGGCAAACUGCUGCUGCUGGGACACGUGUUCGGCUUUCUGAGGGAGGUCCUCGUCAUAGGUGCAUCUCUCUCCCUGAAGAGCUUCUUUGCGAAGCCCUUCAGGGGGGACCUGGCCUCGUACAGAUCGAAGAUGGCCUGGUCUGAGGAUUCCUUCAGUGACUGCCUUGCCAUGUUAUAUGCCUACAGGGGAUGGCAGGAGGUCAGUCAGUCAGGACAAUGUACGAGCAGACAGCAAGAGGUGGCGUGGGCUAGGAAGAACAUGAUUCAGCUCAAGAGAAUCAAGGAGAUGUCAGCAGUCGCCAAGGAGCUUCAGGAUCGCCUGGCCAACUUCAACAUCCGCGUGUCGCGGGACAGAAACCCUCACCAGAACUACCGAGACCCCGAACAGAAGAGAGAAGAGGACGAGCUGAUACUCAAGAUGAUCCUGGCCGGAGCGUUCUACCCAAACUACUUCACCUGUGACGCGUCGGACGAAGCGGAGGCCGUGAGAGACUUGUCAGGCAGCAACCCGCUCACGACUGUCAUGUUGCGCGGCAUGCCUCCUGCCCCCUUCUUGUACCUGAGACAGUUGAAGGUCUUGAUGGACCCUUGUGGGAAAGGGAAGUUUAUCAAGCUCGAGGAUACAAGAGCGUAUGUGGAGUUUGAACCUGAAGUGGCACGGUGGGACGGCACAAGUGUGCUACCUGCGGUCUACACGGCCGUGAAGAUGAGGUCUCUGAGGACCCACCCCCUGGAGCUGAGGCUGCGACCCCGCGAGGAGGUCCAGAAAGCCCUGAUGCAGCAGGCCAACGCCAGCUUCAGCAGCAACAGCAAGAAACUCAGGACUAACAGACUGUAUGGAGAGUUGGGUGAAGGGGGACAGCCUUCAGUGAAGGUGGAACAGACAAAGGGACCAAAAGCAGUGGAACCCCCCUCUCCCAAAGAACCGUGGAUGCAACUGUUCGUCACUGAGGUGGUUGAAUGCGGGCACUUCUGGGCUCACCGUGCGGAGGCAGAGUACUUUGACCAGCUGGCCCUACUCAUGGAGACUAUAAAUCAGGAUUUAGGGGCCAGUCUACAGCCGUUGCCAGCCCACAUGAUUCUCCGUGACCAGUACUGUCUAGCGCCCUACCAGGAUGAGGCCAGUGUCAAGUACUACCGAGCAAGGAUUGUGGCAGCAUUUCCUGACCAUGUGAAGGUGUUUUACCUAGACUAUGGGAACAUGGAGACGGUGCUGAAGUCUUGUCUGUGUGAGAUUCCACCUGAGCUGCUCGAGAUUCCAUUCCAAUCCAUGGAGUGCUACCUGAAGGGGAUUCGCCCGUCCUUCGCGCGCUCGCCAGAAGGAAAGUGGGACCGUCAGGCGACGCUGCGCUUCCACGAGCUGGUCGCUGACAAGAUCCUGCUGGGCAAGGUGUUCUCGGUGGUUCGCGGUGCGCUGAGGCUGGACCUGUACCGAACGACCAAACACGACGAGAUCUUCAUCAACAACCAGCUGGUGCAGGAGCACCUGGCUGACCAGUGUGAGGAGUCCUAUGCCUCCAGGAAAAGUCACGAGGAGCGAGCUGACCAGAGCCUGUCGCCCGAGGACUCGUCCCACCUGUGGGCGCCGGCCGACAGCGGCGUCGAGAACGACGGUCCCGAGGACAACUUUUCGCUGAGGGGCAGGAACACGGUCCGCCUGCACGGCCCCUACAGCCCCUACGAGAUGGUGUUCCACAGCAUGAUCAACAUUGGAAGGCUCAGAUCCGUGCGUAUCGAGCGGGACAGCGUGAACUCGGUGGCGCUGAAUGCUCGGCCGCAGGACACGCACCAGCGGAUGCUCGUGGCAGGGCACGUCGGCGUGAACCCGACAGGCAGCACCAUCACGGCCAGGGACACCACCCUCAUGCCCAACAUGCCAGGCCUGGCUGCCCUCGUCUGUCUCAUGUUCACUCCUGUAGCAGAACUCAGGACCAACCGCUCCAACACCCACUACAUCGGCGCCAUCUGCGGCCUCGGCUGCGAUCCCGAGACCGGCAUCGGCGUUCUGCCCGACCAUGACCUCGAGAUAACCUUCGAUACGCAUUUCAAGCAGGAUUACCUGCACGCAGUGAACCGGGUGCGCAUGGCUAUCAACUUGGCUCUGGGAAGUGAGAACAACAUCGCUGCGUGGGGCCCGUCAGGUAUUACCAGGAUCCAGGAGAAAGCCAGGAGACACCUGCUCAACUUGAUGCAAAUCAAGCCAGACCCAAUCGAACCACAGAUGUUCCACAAGCCGUACUGGUGGAACCAGGUGAAUCCUGAAGAUGUUCUGCUGCCCGGUCUGGAGGACACCAGUUCUGACUGUCCUCACCUCCUCAACCUACAUCGGGGAAUCUUUCUCGUGGAGGAGGUGAAGGAGGAUACAGACCGUAAGAAGGAGGACGACGACACGUGGAAGAGGAAACACAUGAUGGAGCUGAGGGAAAAGGCGUACAAGUCGAACGAGGCACAACUGGUGCAAUGUAAGGUGUGUAACGUGGAGGUGAACACUCCGCGGGAGCUGCUGCUGCACCUGUCCAACAGACAACACCGAGCAGAGGAGAUCAACCUCUUUGGGAUUAGUAGUGAUGUGUCUACGGAAACCUACGUGAGGUGGGCGGGACAGAGCUCUUUCCGCCCCGACCACGAUCAGACUGGAUACCAGGCUACGUUCGCGUUGUGUCUAAGACGCGGCCGACGUCCGUGUGGCGGCUUCUUUGCUCGUCUGCGUCUCGGCCGUCUGCGUACAGAGGACCGGCGUCACGCUGUUACUCGAGGGCUCGGUGGAAGGCGUGGCCGCCACCACCAUCUGCAAACCCAACACCCAUUGGUCAGCAGCCAGCCAAUCAGGAGAGAGGACAGCGGACCACAUGACAUGAACCAGCCAAUGAGGGAGCAGCGGGAAGGACAUGAAACUACUUGACCAAUCAGAGGACGACAUGAUUGGACCAGCCAAUCAGACGGGACUAGGAUGAUUGAUUGA